AUGGAGAUAACAUUGAUUCAGGCCAAAGUUGUUGAGGAUAGAGAAGCCACAAUGGCUAGAUUUCUUAAUGGGUUAAAUCGGGACAUCGCGAAUGUUGUUGAGCUCCAGCACUAUACAGAGCUAGAGGACAUGAGAAAGGGUACUGUCCGGCCGAGGUCCUUUGUUCCUUUUAGAACCGAAACACCAAAGGCUAAAGUUGAUGUCCCUACUAGUGCUAAAGAGUGUCCAAAUAAGAGAAUCAUGAUGAUUAUAGAUAAUAGUGAUAUUGAAUCUGAAAGUGACAAAUCUGAUUGUGAAGGCUUGCCACCAUUGCAGCUAAGUGCAUUACUGGUCUCUUUGGGGCACAAGAAAUGUGCCGCCAAGAAAGAAGCUGAGAAAAUUAUUAGAUGGUUGGGUUCAAAUGGGGAUGGAUACAUUGACUUGGAUGAUAUUUUGAAUGUUAUAACUAACUGUGGCAGCGAGAAAGAUGAUCUUAUGGAUGCUUUUCUUAUAUUUGACAUCGAUGAGAAUGGAUUUAUAUCAGCUAAGAAGCUGAACCAGGUACUGACUGGCCUAGGUUCCAAGCAAUGUGAUCCUGAGGAAUGUUUUCUGAUGAUGAAAGGAGUCGACAAGGAUGGAAAUGGGCUUGUAGAUUAA